UGUUUGCCACCUCUAAACGAGAAUAAAAAUAAAAUUCGCAAAAAUGGACGCUGAUGCCGCACGUAGAUCCUGGGAACUGGAGAAUAACAUCAAAACACUGCCAGCAUGUGAUGAAAUCUUUCGCUACGAUGCCGACCAACAAAGGCAGAUUCUGGAUGCCAAGCCAUGGGAGAAAGAUCCACACUAUUUUAAGGAUAUUAAAAUUUCCGCUUUGUCUUUGCUGAAAAUGGUAAUGCAUGCUCGGUCGGGUGGUACUUUGGAAAUUAUGGGUUUGCUGUUGGGUAAAGUGGAAGAUAACACCAUGAUUGUCAUGGAUGCAUUUGCAUUGCCGGUGGAAGGCACCGAAACACGGGUCAAUGCUCAAUCUCAGGCUUACGAGUAUAUGUCGGCCUACAUUGAUUCGGCUAAAGAAGUUGGUCGCCUUGAAAAUGCCAUUGGAUGGUAUCACAGUCAUCCCGGCUAUGGCUGUUGGUUGUCUGGCAUUGAUGUAUCCACCCAGAUGCUUAAUCAGAACUAUCAAGAACCAUUUGUGGCAAUUGUUGUUGAUCCCGUACGUACUGUGUCGGCGGGAAAAGUUUGUCUUGGUGCAUUCCGCACCUAUCCCAAGGGUUAUAAACCACCUAAUGAAGAGCCAUCAGAAUAUCAAACAAUUCCAUUGAAUAAAAUUGAAGAUUUUGGUGUUCAUUGUAAACAAUAUUAUCCACUGGAGGUGAGUUAUUUUAAAUCAGCAUUGGAUCGUAAGCUGUUGGAUUCGUUGUGGAACAAAUAUUGGGUGAAUACACUCGGUAGUUCUGGUCUCUUGACCAAUACCGAUUAUACCACAGGACAAAUAUUUGAUUUAUCCGAGAAAUUAGAACAAAGUGAAUCGAGCCUGGGAAGAGGUACAUUCUUGUUGUCGGGUGGCGAUGUCAAUGAAAAACGCACUGAAGAUAAACUAACCAAAGCCACCAGGGAUUGUAGCCGUGCAUCGAUUGAAUUGAUCCAUGGUUUAAUGGCCCAAAUUGCCAAGGAUAAAUUAUUCAAUAAAGUUGGUUUGGAUAACAAAUAAAUAUGAUAUAAUCUAUGAAUGAAUGCGUGUGAUUUAGUUUAUGUAUCUAUAAUUUCGGAAUGCAUCUUAAACAGAAUAAAAUAAAUUCUUAUGUGAUGUAAAA